CUGUUGCCUUACUAUUACUAUGGAGGCUGAUUGUCCCUCCGGCUACCCCGUUUGUUCUCUAAGUCGUAACUACUUCAACUUCACCAACUGUUUCUACUUUAUUCUACUAUAUCCUACCGUCUUCUUAAAGAGGAAUCUGAUUGCGUUUUAUUUCUUAUUUAUUUUGCAGUCAGGGGCGGGAAGCAGGAAGUGAAUUACCCAAUACCUUGAGAACCAUUUCUCUUAUAAUCUCGUGAUUAUCGCCAGCUUGCUCGUCAUCUUUAAAGACCUCACCCUGCAUUUAGUCGUCUAUCCGCAUCCACUUCCAGCGGUCUGGCAUCGAGAAUCAUGGCUUCAGCAGAUGAGCGGAAUGAGAGAACCAUACAUACGGCGGCUUGUUUGGUCAUCGGCGAUGAAGUCCUUGGGGGAAAGACCACUGAUACAAAUUCCGCUUAUAUGGCGAGGUGGUGUUUUUCUCUAGGCAUAAACUUAAAAAGAGUCGAGGUCAUUGAAGACGACGAGGAUGAAAUCGUAGAAGCGGUACGGAGAAUGAGUGACCGCUAUGAUCUCGUCGUAACAAGUGGUGGCAUAGGACCGACACACGAUGACAUCACCUACCAAUCCAUCGCCAAGGCCUUCGACCUGAAACUCAUAUUGCACGAAGAGGCAUAUGAACGGAUGAAGAAGCUCACCAAGCCGAGCAAGUCUCAUCCGAACUUUAGUUGGGAUGUAGAAUCCCCAGCUAAAACCGCCCGGCUUAGGAUGGUCCAUUUACCCAUUGAUGAAUCACGCGACCUGGCAAAACAAGCCUUAUUUCCGCGUGACGAUCUCUGGGUUCCCAUUUCCGUGGUAAAUGGGAAUGUUCAUAUUCUUCCAGGUGUACCAAGAUUGUUCGAAAGCCUUUUACAAGGUCUCGAGCCGUUUAUAGCCAACCGGCUGGUAGACCCCGCCGGUAAAGGCAUGUUUAGAGCUAUUAUCUCUACGCCGAUGGGCGAAAGCGCUAUUGCUGGUUACCUCACCGAUUUGGCAGCCAGAGUCGGGCGUAAGAAUGUGAAAGUCGGAAGCUAUCCUCAAUGGGGAAAGAAGAACAAUACAGUUACUCUUGUCGGAAGGGACAAGGAGUAUAUCGAGGGUUUAAUACCGGAGGUUGUACAGGCAGUCCAGGGAAAGCGAGUUCAAAAUGAGGGAGAGGAUGAUGAGCCAGAGGUCGCAGACUCGACAUAUAUCAACUAGGGGCAGAUAUUGUUAGGUCGUCCGACUUCUUGAUAGAGGCCUACCGACAGCUCGGCGCUAUUCUUCCAUGUCCUUUCAUAAAUGGAGAAGGUGAGAAGGAGAUCUUCGAUGAUUGUACAGCUAAUUCGGCCGAUCUGUAAAUGCUAUUAUCUUCUGUCGUAA